CCAGUCCUAAUGGAUGCCCUUGCACUUAACGAGGUAAAGAACCAUCCGAGUCAUCAUCAUCUCAAGAUGCGCGAAUCUUUACCUUCUCCUCCUUGGCGUCAGUUUCUCCGGCGAUAUGCUCCGAUUAUUGUCGAUCGCGAAAGUACGGAUCCGUAAAGUUUCUACAUGCGAUUCGAUAUUUCGCAGAGGCGUUCUCUUCAAUGGAAUCGGCAGACGACGAUUCGCGAGCACUGGCGGCAAGAGAAAAACAGUGAUGAGCUUCGGUGACGGAAGCCAUGGCGCUCUUGGUCUUUCUUCAUCUUCUUCGAUUCCAGGUAUGGGAAUGGAUGCUUACGAACCAACCGCUGUUUCUAAUUUGCCUUCCGAUGUAUCUUCCAUCUCCGCCGGACAUUACCAUUCUCUUGCCGUUACAUCAAGCGGUGGGAUUUGGGCUUGGGGUCGUAACAAUGAAGGUCAGCUCGGUCGUAUCGCCGUGGAUUCUAAUAGAGAUUCAAGUAGUGAGCCCAAGAGAGUAGAAGGGCUAGAUAAUGUGAAUGUCCGGGCUGCGUUUGCGUCUGGAGUUGUUUCAGCGGCUAUUGGAGAUGAUGGUUCUUUGUGGGUUUGGGGAAGAUCUAAAAGAGGACAGCUUGGUCUUGGCAAAGGUAUCAUUGAAGCUCUUGUUCCUUCAAGGGUCGAAACUUUAGCUGCAGAACACGUUGUUAAGGUAUCAUUAGGUUGGGGGCACGCACUUGCGCUUACUGUGGAUGGUAAAGUGUUUGGAUGGGGUUAUGUAGCUGAUGGGAGAGUAGGCAAUGUUGGACUUCCGCUAGAAGCAUCUCUGCUGGAUUCACUUACAAAUGGGUCAGUAAAAGAUCACCGAGCGGCUGAUUUGAAUCUUGAAGCAGCUGAAAAGAAGGUUGUGGAGGCAAUGAGCAAGGAGAACGAUAUGCCAAUAGCUUGGGAACCUUGUCUGGUGGAAGAAACAAGUAACGUAAAGGUUGCAGAUAUUGCUUGUGGAUCCGAUCACUCCUUGAUCCUUUGUGAUGAUGGCACACUUUUAAGCUCUGGGAGCAACAUCUAUGGUCAGUUGGGUCGGUCUAAACAAGACCUGGGAAUGACGCCUGUUGAUAUAACCGAAUCCCCGAUCUCUAUAGCAGCUGGUCUUGGUCAUUCUCUAGCUAUCUGCAACAGAGGUGAAACAAAAAUUCUCUCGUGGGGUUGGAACCGGAGUCGGCAGCUUGGUAGGGGAAAACCGGAAAACUUACCGAGAGAAGUAGAAGGUUUUGAUGGAGAAACUCCAUCUUCAAUAUCAGCAGGGCGUGUACAUUCUUUAUGUGUAACAGAGAAAGGAGAAGCUUGGGUUUGGGGAUGUGGGAAGAAUGGUAGGCUUGGUUUAGGAAGCUCGAGUGAUGAGACUGAACCAAUGUUGCUAGAGGACGUAGAGGGUUGUGUUCUUCAAGCAGUCGCUGGCUUUGAUCACAGCUUGAUUUUAGUAGCUGAAUAGCCCCGUCUAGUGCCUAGACUAAUAUGAUGGCUGAAAAAGAAUAACAUGGAACCUCAUUGAUGUGACCAUGUGGAUGACUUUAUAACUCAUCUACAUGACAUGACUACAUGGCAAUGUGGGUAUAAAAAAUAAGCUAUUUGAUUACAUGUUUACACAUAACAUCAUCAUCACAACAAAACAAUUGAUUCAUGCA